CCUGACCAGGGAAGUGUGACGAAUUAGCUUCUCCUCCUGCUUCUAUCUGUGUUACGCCGUUGUAUCCCAUACAGCCCAGUCCGAGUCAUCCGUGCUGCAGCCUGAAACAGACACAUUUUUGUUGGCCUCCAACUCCAAUCUAAAUGAAGCAGUCCCUCAAAGUAGCAGAGCUGCUGGAGUCUUCAUACUUACUGAAGGAGGAGAUUACACCUUUAACUUCACUGAGGGCAGAGCUGCCUGCCUUUCACUGAACAUCACCAUGGCGACCAUAGCCCAGAUGGAGCGAGCAGUACAGCGUGGAUUGGAGAUGUGCAAAUAUGGCUGGACAGCUGAACAGAUCGCAGUCGUCCCACGACUUACAUCUGCCAGUACCUGUGGACAGGGUAAAACUGGGGUGGUGAAAUGGUAUGCAAGUGCAGAUAAAAAGUUUGGUGUAUUCUGCUUCAAUGCAUCAGAUUUUGAAGAAAGUCUAAACAAAUCAACGGCAGGUCCACAAAGCUCCAAGUUCCCCACCACGCUGACAGCACUGACGCAGACCACAACACCUUCCUCACCUGUGCUCAGAUCAACAACCAGUUCUCCACCUUCAAGGAAGCCAAUAACAACCAGUUCUCCACCUUCAAGGAAGCCAAUAACAACAAAAGCCCCUGAGCGGACAUCUUUUACUUCAGCUUUUACUCUUCUGGUCAAGACAACACAUUCCACCAGGGUUUCCUCCACCUCCUCCACUCUUAAACCUUUCUCCACCCAUAUUCCUACUUAUCUUUCUCACCAUAUCACCUCAAAACCCACUGUGGGGAGCUUUGCCAGUUCUACUUCUGCGCAUCCCUCUGACUUCUCUGUUUCCUCAGAGUCAGUGACGCCACACCUGGUGAGCCCUGCAAAACCUUCUCCAGGAGAUGUACCUACAACACUCAUCAUUCUUGGCAUCAUCCUUCUCCUCCUGACAGCAGCAGGUGUUGUGUGGUACUACAAACUGAAUAUUUUCACCCUUUGGUCUCACAGGCGGCUGAAGGACAACACAGAGACAGAGAUGUGGAAGCACACCGACAGUGAGAUGGACAUGUACAAUCUCGAUGAAGAAGAUGAAGAUGAAGAAGAAUUAGACAUAAAAUACUCCAGUAAUAUCAUACUGUGUGUGAAUCCAGACAUCAAAACAAACUCUUCAGAGUAGCUUUAUGAUAUUUCUGUGAACCUUUUUGUGAAGUGGAUUGAAUUAAUUGCUGCAACAGUGUUGCCUGAUAAAUGUCAGUAAAUGUUUUAGAUAAAAGCCUAUUUCAGACUAGAGGACAGUUUACUUUAUAACUGCCUUGAUUGGUUUAUUGUACUUGAGUUUGUAUAUGUGCAAAUACACAAGCUUACUGUCUCGGUAGGGUGGAAAGAAGCAAUUAUUAAUUUUGUAUGUUUGUGUGUGUUUGUGCGAAUGAGCCUAGAGAGAGAGAGAGAGAGCAACAUUGUGAACAUUUAAGCAUGCUGCAAUUGUCCAAAAUAAAUCAUUCUACAAAUAGAAUCAAGUCAAUAAUCUACCAUAAUAUUGUAUUAAUUUCAAUUUUAACAAGAGAUUAAACAUUAUGUGUUAUUAAA